CAAUCCAAAUGUAUCGUUGCCUUACUGGGACUAUACGACCGAUUAUUUUAUGGCUUCACCGCAUAAAUCGGUGAUAUGGAGCGAUUGCUUUGUGGGAAAUGGGAAUGGAAGCAUUCGAAGUAGUCAAUUUGCGGGUUGGUAUGGAGGGGAGUAUGUGCAUAUCAAACGAUCAACAUCCCAAAGUGAAGGUCCUUGUCCUCCAAAGCUUAUCAGCAAGAAUGACAUGAAGAGAAUGCUACAUCAUUGUUAUUUUAAGAACAUUACAACUGGCGGUGAGCCGUACUUCGGCAACAAAGACAAUCUAGAAGUCCAACACGACGGCAUCCAUGACUGGGUUGGAGGUGAUAUGGGCAUAAUCAAAAUUUCUUCAUUUGAUCCAAUUUUUUGGAUGCACCACGCAUUUAUAGAUUACAUCUGGGAAGUUUUCAGGGAAAAACAGAGCAGUUCAGAGUGCAAUGUAGACGUUGAAACAGACUAUCCAGAGACGGACCUAUCGCAGCACAAAGCAUUAGGUCAUGCUGCUACAGAUCCACUUCAUGGAUUUGAGUAUUUGCAAAUAAAAGAUGGACUUUGGAAGAACUGGACAAAAAAGUUUGUCAACUACGAGCCGCAGCCGCAGUGCCCAACAUGCGGAGAUUCUCAGUUUAUGCACUGCGACCUAAAAAUCGAUAAAGAAAGACACCCAAAUGGCGUAUGUGUGAGCGAGGAUUAUAAUGCAUGUCAUUCCGUCCAGGAGGUCGAUAAAGAAUCCUACUCUGUUAUUGAGCGGUUCGAUCCAGAAGGCUUUCCUGGUAUUGGAAGGACAAGGGGUAACGCGGACGGGGAGAAUCUUAAACUUCUACAGCAGGAGAUAGAGAGGGAAACACAGGGAAACAAAACCUCUUCGAUAAAAAGGGUAAUGACGGCUGGACGGCUUAGUCUACUGCUUACCAUAAUCAGUGUUUAAGCUCCCUACAUUCUAGAAAAAUCGCAAAAUCUCGUUACA